GAAUGGAAAGGACUCUGGCUGAUUUAAGCAGAACGGAAUUGGUGAAAAAUGGCUAUUUGUAAAAAGAAUUUUGCGGUGGCCUGGGAACAAAAUCAGAAAUCAGGGCACAGGACGUGCAGGACGGGUGUCACUGCACUGCUGUGACCCUGUGUCCGUGCUGCUCUGGGGGUUUGAUCCUGCAGCAACCCUGCCUGGUGUCAGAGAGGAGACCACACACACACACACACACACCACACCCCAGAUCACCCACACACCCCAGAUCACCCACGCACACACACACCCCGGACCACCUCGCUCCUCCUGGGUCACACGCAAGACUCCGUUUGCAAGGCAGGCAGAGCUUGUGCACAGUCAUUGCCUUUGCGUGGAGGGGAGAGGUCCAGGGUAAGGGUCUACGCAGACAUGUGGGUGGUGGUGAAGGCUGUGCUGGGGGGCCGGGGCCUAGAAGGGAGACCGGGAAAUCAGACGUGCGGAGGUCUGGGGGUGGCCCGAGCGGAUGACCUCGGGAGUGGGCGCACAGCGUUGCGUUUCAUGCAAGUGGCCACCAGGGGGAGCGCCGAGCAAACCAGGUCGUGGAAGACUUGUCCAGUGGUCGACCAGCCUCUGUCCAGAGACCCCAGUGCUUGUGCCACGAGCCACAACCAGCGGCCCUGGUGCCUGUCCUGCAGCAGCCCAGCCUCCAGGCUGGCCCCCACGUGGUCCGCAGCAGCCCGCAUCCGGGGUGGCGUGGUCACCAGCACAGCACCCGUCCUCCUGUGGGCUCCCCUUCCCCAUCUCAUGUCCCCUGGGCUCGCACUCCCGGCGAGGUCCUGCCCAGGAGCCUUUAUCUCGGCCCUGCCUUUUCGGGGCCCGAGGCCAAGACUGUGCUUCAGGCCCCUCCCCACCCCUACGCCGCAGAUGGAGGGCCGAGGGCUGCUGGCACCGAGGAGCCUAGGGGGAUUUUUCUGUGUAUCUUCUGACCGGGGGCCAUUGUGGAUGGUGUCUGAGACCUGAGAACGCAGGUGGCCAAGAGGUCGCACCUAACCAGCGGCUCUCAGACACUUUGCAGUGUUUGCAGAGGAUGUGAGGGGGGCUGUCGAGGGGAGAGAUGUGGGCUGGGGUCUUGGCCAGGCUGGUGUAAGGGGACCUUGGCAGAAAGCUGGAGACACCGUCAGAGGCUAAGGGCAGGGGGAGUGCACAGCCAUUUGCCUGAGGCGUGGAGUCUCCUAUGUCCCGGGGAUGGAGGGGUCGGGGGCUCCCCCAAAUCCACCCCUCGAGGGAAGGAGAGAACUCUGGACCCUGCUGUGUCGGAGGAACCCUCGCUCAGACCCGCAGGCAGGGAGGCUUCCCUACGCCUCGCCUGCCUCGCACUGAGAAGGGCCGACAACGUGCCAGUCUGUCUCCCAGGCCCGGCCCGGUGGAGUUCAGAUGCUGGCUGCCCCGGAUGGAGCACGGCUUCCCUGCCAUGGGACCCACUCCUCUCUCAGCGUCCCGGGAAAUGACAGGACCCGCUCCCUGUGGAAGGCCCUUCUCCUUUUCAUAUUCAUGAUGGAGCUGGAAAAGAGAGAGACAGCCGGGCAGAGGGGGCCCCAUUUGCACACGAGGAUGUGUGAGUUUCCUCCAGCUGACCGCACUCCGAGGAAGCAGGCCUGUGGACCAUCUCGCUGAUACCAGGGGAGCUGCCAGCCAGCCUGAGGAGCCAGAUCCCCAGGUUGGUUGGAACCAUCUGCGUAAUGAUAAUCAGAACGUUCGGAAGGAGGGCAGGAGGGCACCCCCGUGAGGAACGGGCAUGGACUACGUCACUUCUUGUUGGGGUUGCUUUGGCUGCAUCUCACUUCCGGGGAGACGGCUUGCAUUCGCAGUUUCUUAAAGGAAUAAAAACACAGAUCAAAGGGAACUCCUCCCAGUAAACUGUUAUCAGUAACUGGUGAGUCACUGGUUCUCCAACUUCGCCUGGAUGCAUCAGAAUCACCUGGAGGACUUGUUACACCACCAAUGACUGGGCCUCAUCCCUGAGUUUCUGAUUUUGUCGAGCAGGUGGAGGCUGGGAAUAUGCAUCUCCAACAGAAAUCUCGAGCUGCAGCCUGGCCAGGAGCGGGUCCACCUCUGUGGCUGGUCCUCCCCACACCCAGGAGCGUCUUCUGAGAAUCCGCAGCUGGCUGCCCCAAGGGCCCGAAGCUCACGUCUGGCAGCUCUACCACCCCUGCCACAGGGAGCGUGGGUGUGGAAUCACGAACCGUGUCCUUUAAUCUGAUCUCGAGAGUGCCCUGGUUGGGUGUGCAGAGCACUUGGAGUGAUUGCCUGGAGAGUCACCAACUCUGCACGAAGGUAGAGGAACCAUGAGCACAGUCAGCGAGGUGGUGCAGCGGGCCAGAGCCGCCUUCAACGCGGGCAAGACGCGCCCGCUCCAGUGCCGCGUCCAGCAGCUGGAGGGGCUGCGGCGCCUGAUCCGCGAGCGCGAGAAGGACCUCGUGGGCGCGCUGGCCGCCGACCUCCGCAAGAACGAAUGGACCGCCUACUACGAGGAGAUCGUGUACGUCCUGGAGGAGAUCGACUACACGAUCAAGAAACUCCCUGAGUGGGCUGCGGACGAGCCCGUGGAGAAGACCCCCCAGACCCAGCAGGAUGAGUCCUACAUCCACUCAGAGCCCCUGGGUGUGGUCCUCAUCAUCGGCGCCUGGAACUACCCCUUCAGCCUCCUCAUCCAGCCCAUGGUGGGCGCCAUUGCUGCAGGGAACGCGGUGGUCCUCAAGCCGUCGGAGUUGAGUGAGAACACAGCGAGCCUGCUGGCCACCAUCCUCCCCCAGUACCUGGACAAGGAUCUGUACCCGGUGAUCAGUGGGGGUGUCCCCGAAACCACGGAGGUGCUCAAGGAGCGAUUCGACCACAUCCUGUACACCGGGAGCACCGGGGUGGGCAAGAUCGUCAUGACGGCCGCGGCCAAGCACCUGACCCCCGUCACGCUGGGGCUGGGGGGCAAAAACCCCUGCUACGUGGACAAGGGCUGCGACCUGGACGUCGCCUGCAGACGCAUCGCCUGGGGGAAAUUCAUGAACAGCGGCCAGGUCUGCGCGGCCCCCGAUUACAUCCUGUGUGACCCCUCCAUCCAGAACCAAAUCGUGGAGAAGCUCACAAAGUCCCUGAAAGAGUUCUACGGGGAGGACGCCAAGAAGUCCCGCGACUACGGGAGAAUCAUCAACUCCCUGCACUUCCAGAGGGUGAUGGGCCUGAUGGAGGGCCCGAAGGUCGCCUACGGGGGCACCGGGGACGCGGCCACCCGGUACAUAGCCCCCACCAUCCUCGUGGACGUGGACCCCCAGUCCCCGGUGAUGCAGGAGGAGGUCUUCGGACCCAUAAUGCCCAUCGUAUGCGUGCACAGCCUGGAGGAAGCCAUCCAGUUUAUCAGCCAGCGCGAGAAGCCCCUGGCCCUCUACGUGUUCUCCCUAAACGACAAGGUGAUUAAGAAGAUGAUCGCGGAGACUUCUAGUGGCGGGGUGACGGCCAACGACGUCAUCGUCCACGUCACCGUGCCCUCGCUGCCCUACGGGGGCGUGGGGAGCAGCGGCAUGGGGUCCUACCAUGGCAGGAAGAGCUUCGAGACCUUCUCCCACCGCCGCUCUUGCCUGGUGAGGCCUCUGCUGAACGAGGAGGCCCUCAGAGCCAGAUACCCACCGAGCCCGGCCAAGGUGAGAGGCGGGGCGGCAGUGCGGGGAGCCGCUGGGCCCCGGGCAAGGGCCUCACCACGCCUCGUGUCCCCCACAGAUGCCCCGUCACUGAAGCGCCGCCCUGGCCUCGCUGUGCUGCGCCCUUGGACGGCUGCUCCUGGCACCCCUGUUGCUCCGAGGGCAUCCUCGCCUCCCUCGCUAGAGUAGAGACCAAUAAAGCUUCCCAGCAGCCCA